AUGAAUGCUCUUAUCGUAAAUAGUUAUUAUAAAGUGACCUCCUCCAAUAUUCGUAAAAGUAAUGUGUUAAAAGUUGUUCUUUGUGGAGCAGCUGGAAAAAUUGGACAACCAAUUUCUUUAUUAUUAAAACAAUCACCGUAUGUCGAAGAACUUGCAUUAUAUGAUAUAAAAGACACAUAUGGACUCGGGCUUGAAUUAAGUCAUAUAGAUACUCAAUGCAAUGUUAAGUCUUAUCAAGGUGUUGAUCAAUUAAGUGAUGCAUUAAGUGGCGCAAAAGUUGUCACAAUUGUUGCAAAUACUCAAAACAACACGAAAAAUUUAUUUGAAGCCAAUGCUAAUAUUGUUUCCUCGUUAAUGUAUGCAGUGGCCGAAUUUUGUCCAGAGGCUUUAGUUGGCAUCGCAACAAAUCCUUUAAACAGCAUUGUGCCCAUAGCUGAAAAUGUCAUGCAAACAAGAGUUGCAAAGUAUAACUCAAAAAGAAUAUUUGGUAUAAAUUCAGUGGACGUUAUACGUGCAAACACCUUAGCUGCAAAUAUUUUAGGAUUACGCCCUGAACGAGUAACUGUUCCAAUCGUUGGAGGACACUCAAAUAAUACAAUAGUUCCAAUUUUCUCACAAAUUAAAACAGAUGUUAAAUUAGAACAGAAAGAUAUUGAAAAAAUUACAAAAAAACUAUUAGAUUCAUGUGAGUCAUGUGAAUUUAAUGACGAAAACGAAAGUCCAUCACUCGCAUCGUCUUUUGCAAUUGCACGAUUUAUAUCGAUACUUGCAAUGGCCACAAAAACAAGAAAAUCUAUAAUAGAAUGUGCAUAUGUUAAGUGUAAUGAAGAAUUAUUAAAUAUUAAAUAUUGUUCAACUCCGCUUCGAAUAAAUGCUACUGGUAUCGAACAAAAUUUAGGCUUACCUAAAAUGUCCGAAUACGAAAGCUCAUUGUUUGAAAAAUCAAGAUAUUACUUAAAAAAAGACAUUGAAUUAGGUGAAACAUAUUGCAUUAAAGAUGAAAUCAUUGAAGAAUUAAAAAAUGAAUAA